AUGGAAUCUCAACAGGCUCGUUCCAUGAUGACAUGUAAAUCAGCAAAGGAGAUGUGGACACGCCUGACAGAUCAAUAUGAACAAGUGGCUUCAGAGAACAAGCACUUCCUUCGACAGAGAUUCUACCAGUACGAGUUCAACAAGGAGCAUGAUAUUGCUGCACACAUCACCAUGAUCGAGUCGAUGGCCAAUCAAUUGAAUGAUAUGGGGGUGAGUGUUGACGAAAUUGACAUCGUUACUAAGAUUAUUGUCACCCUACCCCCCAGCUACAAGCACAUUGUGUCAGUAUGGGACAACAUGGACGACAGUAAGAAAACGUUGCAGUCUUUAAGAUCACGCCUUUUUAAGGAAGAAGCUCGUAAUAAAGGUUGUCAAGAAGAAGAUGGUGCCAACGCUGCAUUCUUUGCCAAGAAACAAGAAAUGUCAAAUCAACAGUCUACACAACCUGCUGCUGCCCACAUCCCAUCACAGCCACCAGCUCAACAUUCAUCCGGUCGUGGACGAGGAUUCAGGAAAAGAAGAUGCAACUACUGUGGUGGGUCGAACCACUGGGAAAGCACAUGUUGGACAAAGAAAGAUCACAUGGAAAGAGGAGUCCCUAACGGAUUCCAGCCACUACAAGCUCAGUUUGCACAGUUCAAGCCUCAAAGACAACCCGAUUGGCCUGGAGACUACGCUUUCACAACUCUUCCAGGUGAUAUUCAAUUUGAAGGAAAUUUUAGAGACAACUGGUACGUGGACUCUGGCUGCACUAUUCAUAUGUCGGAUCAGUUCCAUCUAUUUUCAAACUAUCAAGCGGUUAAGAAUGGAAGUUGGCCAGUCAAAGGAGUUGGAUGUAGUAACAAUCUUCUUCAAGCCAAAGGAAUGGGAGACAUCACAAUCCAAACCAAUGUCAACGAAGAAUGGCAUUCAGGUAUUCUAAAGAAUGUGCUCUUCGUUCCUGAUUUAGGCGCCAAUCUUUUCUCCGUUCGAUCUGCAACAAAGGCAGGCCUGCGUGUCUUGUUCAACAAUGACCGGGUUACCAUCUCUAAAGGGGAGAAGAUUGUGGCGGUCGGCGAAAGUUUCUCUAAUCAUCUAUAUCGUCUGAAUAUACGAAGUGUUAAGAAUCAUCAUUCGAAGGUUGGACAGAAUUCAGAUGGUCAACAAACUGCAUUCCAUGCACUAUCCAGACCGGAAGCUGGCUUGUCUAAUCACUGGCUUUGA